AUGCCGUUUGGCUUAAAGAAUGCUGAGACGACCUACCAACGCUUGGUGAACAAGAUGUUUGCUGACCACAUUGAGCACUUGGGGGAGAUGUUUGAUAUCCUUAGAAAAUACAGAAUGAAACUCUACCCUCUGAAGUGUGCUUUUGAAGAAACUGCGGCCUUACUUCCAGGCGCACUCCAUUCAUGUGUUGACAAACUUUCUGUUGAGGAAGAUAAUGCAAAAGCCCGAGGCAUCAGACAGAUUGAUCCAGUGAACAAUGGAAAUCCAGAAGGGGAAAUAUGCCUGCCAAGGGCAAGUAACUUAGAAGAAAGUAAACAGCAGAAGUCAAAGUUUGACAAACUAUGGAAGUGGACUCUAUAUGUAAAAGGGUCCUCAAAUGAUAAGGGGGUAGGAGCUAGGCUCUUGCUCAAAAGUUCAGAGGGGAACCCGAUCAAGGCCGCAGUCAGAUUCGGGUUUGUCACCUCUAACAACAAGGCUGAGUAUAAAGUAUUACUCGCGAAGAUCCACCUUGCCAAGGAGAUGGGGGAAGAGUCCAUCAAGAUCUAUAGCGAUUCCCAACUCGUAGUCCAUCAGAUUAGCAGUGAAUAUCAGGCGAAGGAAAUCCGAGCUUGA